UAAUGUUAGAUAAAACAUGGCCGUCGAAAGAUCACAUUUCUUUGUUAUAAAAGCAAUGUUUAUAAAUUAAACGGUCUAUCGUUCGUGCUGUCGGUGUAACGGUGGACAAUGCGCGUGGUCCUGGUUGUAUCAGAAACAUGAACAACAGUCCUCGCUUCGAGGUUCGGUCCUCAUAGUGUUAGUGGUGCGUGUCGUAUACGGUCUUGGAUGUCUUUAGAACGAUGGUGACGAGUGGAACUCGAGAGAUUCCGGAGUCGCGGAGAAAUGUCUAGUGUAGCCGUCGUAAACAGCACGAAAAUGCCCCUGUCUCGGACGCAUCCCUUUAGCGUACACGCACCCUCGCACUCGUUUAUACAAGACAGCAUACAGGGUGGACUACCGCCCCUAAAACCCACCUCUGGGGCUGUCCUUAAAGAUCAGAGCCCUCCAACAACUUCUACAGGCUCCGGACCUGGCCUUCCUGACCUUCAAUCUGGUUGUACUAUGAUUGCUCCAAGUGUUAUUGGUCGCGCAAUUAAAGGAUCUACAUCAAGCCCUUCACAGCAGCUUCAACAACCUGAGAAACCUAAGACUAUGGUCGCCACUCCUGAACAGGUUAUGAAACUCUAUAUGAACAAGCUCACCCCUUACGAACAUUACGAGAUAUUUAAUUACCCGCAAAUUUAUUUUAUUGGGGCCAACGCCAAAAAACGACCAGGAAUUAUAGGAAAUCCAAACAACUGUGAUUACGACAAUGAACAGGGAUCGUACAUCCACAUACCUCACGACCACGUCGCUUAUCGCUACGAGGUGCUGAAAGUAAUCGGUAAAGGAUCGUUUGGACAGGUGGUAAAAGCCUACGAUCAUAAAACGCACAUGCACGUCGCCCUAAAAAUGGUACGUAACGAAAAACGAUUCCAUAGGCAAGCGCAAGAAGAAGUCCGCAUUUUGGAACAUCUUCGUAAACAAGAUAAGGAUAACACGAUGAACAUUAUUCACAUGUUGGAUUCGUUCACUUUCCGCAACCACAUGUGUAUCACGUUUGAGCUACUUUCGAUCAAUCUGUACGAGCUGAUCAAAAAGAACAAGUUUCAGGGUUUCAGUCUUCAGCUGGUGCGCAAAUUCAGCCAUUCGUUGCUUCAGUGCCUGGAGGCGUUGUACCGUAACAAAAUUAUCCACUGUGAUAUGAAGCCGGAGAAUGUACUACUUAAACAGCAGGGUCGGAGCGGUCUCAAAGUAAUCGAUUUUGGGUCAUCCUGCUAUGAAAAUCAAAGGAUUUAUACUUACAUACAAUCGCGUUUUUAUCGAGCUCCCGAAGUUAUACUCGGAGCUCGAUAUGGUAUGCCGAUUGACAUGUGGUCCUUGGGAUGUAUCUUAGCGGAACUUUUAACCGGGUUUCCUUUACUUCCUGGCGAAGACGAAGCAGAUCAAUUAGCUUGCAUUAUAGAAUUGCUGGGAAUGCCGCCUCAACGUUUACUCGACCAAUCAAAACGAGCCAAAAAUUUCAUUAGUUCGAAAGGGUAUCCACGUUAUUGUACUGCUUCGACGCUUUCCGAUGGUACUACCGUGAUAACGGGUGGUCUAAGUAGACGCGGUAAAAUGCGCGGACCACCGGGUUCGAAGGAAUUAAAAAAAGUAUUGAAAGGAUGCGAUGAUAUUUUAUUCUUAGAUUUCAUAAAACGGUGCCUGGAAUGGGACCCAGAAUUACGGAUGACACCGUACGAUGCAUUGAGACACGCGUGGCUACGUAGGCGUUUACCACGACCACCAAACGAAAAGAUCGAACCUUGUCGUACAUCGUCAGCACCAAGAGGUACCCCCAAAACGAACACUUUGAUUAAUAGCAACAAAGUGGUAAGGGUACAAUUGAGCGAUGAGAGGUCCGCUACGCUGCAUUCUCAGCACAGCAACCACUCGGGAAAGUUGCCGUCGGUUACGUAGCCCCAUCUAUCUCCGUUUCACCAUGUGAUCGUAGGCUAAGGCGUUUAGUUAAUAAUUGUGUUUCAACACACAUAUCUUGUAUUUUGCAGAUUGUGAUUUUCCAAGUGGGGUAAAACAAAUCAAAAAAAAAAGAAAGAAAAAAAUACAAAGCGAGAAGAGGAAACAAAAUAAAAAAAUGCGAUCCCAAACGAUUUACUUGUGACGUAUUACACAUUUCUCACUUUUGUAAUACUCUAUCCUAUAAUGAAUAAACUACUCGUGUAGUAAAUAGAAUUGUAUCGUGGACGUAACGGUCAACUUUUUUUGGUUUACGGCGUUUGCCAAAAAAUCUAUCGUUUUUUGUGAUCGUAUCGUUUAUGUGAUAUACGCGUGACUUUAGUGCUUUAUCGAAAAUUUCAAUGUUUCAUCAGGUCAUCACUUAAUUCAUUUUUUCCGACAUAUAUCAGAUGUUUCUGAAAAAUUUAAAAUAUAUUACACUUUUUUAAACUUAAAAUAGAUCGAUUUAACCCAACUUAUAACCUUUGAAAUUUCGUAUUUGAAUCGACCUAUUUUCUCUUGGAAUUCUUUUUAUACAAGUUUUUCAGAAUCACCUGUAUAGGUUUUUUUGCUCAACCGAUUGUGCGGUUAGGUCAAUUUUAGUUUUAUUUAAGUCUUUUAGCACAAGAUCUUCGUUCCUCACACCCACAUUGACUAUCUGUCUUGUCUCUCGUCCGGCGUUAAUUGAUAAACCGCGGAGGAGGAGACGGCUCAAUUUUCAUUUGAAAAGACAUUUUCGAAUUUUUUUUCAAAUAUUUAUUAAUGUUAUUUAUUUGAAUUUUCUAUUUGUUUUUUUUGUUUCGUUUUUAUAUUCUCUUAAUUUCAUCUUGGUAAUUAUGUUAGAAUGGAUUAAUUAACUAUGUGGCAAUAUCGAAAUUACGAAUGUGCGUCAAUUGUUAAAAAAAUAUGCCUGUUUAUUAAUUAUUACCUGUGAACAGACGCGGCACUGUGCAGACAUUUACUGUGAUCGUUUGGCGGCAAAACGUUUCUACAUUUUAAAACGUUUUACUGCCGCUACGGGAACUGUGCAUGUUUCGGCCGAACGCUCCGGUUCUUGUAGGUUUUAUAUUAUCCUCUUCGUAGAUUAGAUGUUAGUACUGAAAUUAUGGGUUCGAAGGUUGAAAGAAAGAAGAUAAAAUAUUUAAGGAGGAAAACGUUAAUUUAAGUUUUGUUAGUCCUACCCAAAGAAGUGCAUUGUAUUUCUUGCCUAAUUCGUUUUGCGUGAAAACUAUUGAAUUUCCGGAUUCGGUGGCGUUUAAUUAAUUUUUUUGUAAUUAAUACUAGAUAGGCGUAGUAUGACGAAAAUAUAAUCCCCAAAAAAAAGUAAUGGUUAUAAAUCGAAGUCAGUUUUUAUGAUAGGGAAAAGUUAUCACGAAUGAAGAGAGUUUGGUGAUAUGUGUUACAUUAGCUAUGUGCAGAUAGUGCCUAUAGAUAUUGUUGUAUUCUGCUAAGUUGCACGUGUAACGAGUAUAUACGCUGUAAAUAACGAUAAUAAUGUAUAAGGAUUUUUAAGAGUUUCGUAAACAACUUGCUUUCUAUCAUCUCCAACCCAUCCCUCCCCGUUAACCGUGAUUCCGCAUAUCCGCGCAUUUGCGUAUCCGCGUCGGACAUCCUCAUUAGUUUCUGAAAGUCUGAAAGUAUCUCUAUGAGCCCAGUGUUUUAGUUUGCCGGGUGAUUAGAGCUACGCGCGCGCGUAGGUCUGUACAUAAAUAAGCCAAAGGUUUAAACAAACAAAAAACACUCGCGGAAACGGAAUAAUAAAAAUAAUAACUCACUGCCGUAUUCAAUAUGUUUUCCUUUUACGUCUUUCUUUUCCUCUCGAGCUGAUUUGACACGUGUGUCGUCGAUUCGACGAUGGGUAAACGAACCGUUACCCAUUUCUAGAUUAAUUUUUAGAUACAUUUUUUUUAAUUGUAGUUUGUGAGUGAUUAGCAUAGUUGUAAUGGACUUGUAUUUUAUUGUAAAAAAUACAACAAAAAUACCGCCAAGGGAAAAUGAGGUGGAGGCGCCUCGGACUGUAACAAACGACAGCUUGAUCUCUUUAUUUUAAUAUUGUAAGCGGCCAAACAUGUUCGUAUAGAAAAAGACAAACAUGUCUCGCAGACGUUUCGCACGGAACACGCAUUUCUUCUGACAAGCAUUGUUCUGAUUUUUUUUAAUAACAGAAAACUACCUAAAAACAACCCCUCCCUCGACUAACGUGCGCUAACAUUUUUUUUGUCUUAGCAGUGAUGUGAUGUAUGUAUUUAGUUGUCGAAUUUAUAUGUAUGUAUAAUAUGUAAAAAUUUU